AUGCACACAAAACUUUCUGUAAUCUUUUCGUUCAUCUUCGCUAUUCUUCUGACUUUGACGCAAGCAGAUGAAUUCAAACCACCCACCAUUAAAGGUACUUACAAAUACCAAGUAAAUGCACCGAAGGAGAAUCAAGAGUACACAAAGGAAAUUACGUUUGACUACACUUUUGAGGAACAAAGGCCAAAUGAAAUCUUCUUAUUGGAUAUUUAUUUGCUGACGGGUGAAGACAAGAUUUACACUUUUCUAGAGAAGGCUGAUACAUCUCCUGCUAAUCAUCGCCUUACACAAAACUUCCCGGAAACUUUGUCGAGUGGUGAUUAUACUGUUAGAUACAAUGAGACCAAAAAUACCGGCAUUUACUGGAGUACUGCAUUUUACGUAACUGACAUCCCAAUAAAAUAUAAGAAAUAA